AUGCGGGACAGCCUCGACCCAAGCGCUCCCGAGGAGCAGGGGGCCAAGAUCAUCAUCGGCGCGUGGACGACGAUGGCGGACAACGUGGACUACGGCCGAGCCUUCGUGAGCGAGACCAUCCGGAUGUUCAGGGUGAGCGACGCGCACAGGAAGGGCGACGAGAUGGAGGGGCCCGACCCCAAGGGCAAGCUGAUGUUCGCCCUGGCACCGCACUUCGACCUGAUGACGGCCCUCAAGAUGAGAAAAAAAACGAUCGUCCCGCCCACGAAAGAGUUCCACGCCGAGAAGUUGCUGCAGGCCAUGGGGGUGGCGUUGUGCAAAGCGGACGGGACGAAACCGAUCGGCAGCGGGCCGAAACUGGAGCUGGACCGAGUGGUCGAGCGCCAGCUGAAGGCGCUGCAGAAGAAGUGA